UCGGAUGUCGGCAAGAGAUAUUCGAUUGUUUCUGACGUCUGAUUCGAUAAUUAUUAUCUUGUUGAAAAUUGAACAUAAUAAUAAUGGCAGCACGCCGCAUCGCUCAAUCCUCGAUUAACUGGUCUGCUCUGGCCGAGCGUGUGCCCGCUAACCAGAAAAGCAGCUUUGGUGCUUUCAAGACAAAAUCGGACAUUUACGUGCGUGCCGUGCUGGCCAAUCCAGAGAAUCCGCCAAAAAUCGAUUGGGCAUACUACAAGAAAUUGAUUCCCGUCUCUGGUCUAGUCGAUAACUUCCAGAAGCAAUACGAGGCGUUGUCCGUGCCAUACCCGAAGGACACUGUUUCCCAGCAGGUUGAUUGCGAAAUCGAGGAAUCGAAGAGCGAGAUUUCCAAGUACAAGAAGGAAUCUGAGCAGCGCAUUCAGAAUUACCAGAAGGAAAUUGCUCAUUUGAAGUCAUUGCUACCAUACGAUCAGAUGACCAUGGAAGAUUAUCGUGAUGCAUUCCCCGAAAGCGCAUUGGAUCCCAUCAACAAACCCACUUUCUGGCCCCACACACCAGAAGAGCAAGUUGGCUACAAAUCCAAGGAGCAGCUGGAGGCUGAGGCCCAUGGACACCAUUAAGCGCAAAUGUGCAUCUUGUUCAGCAUGAUAUAAGUGUUUUGAUUUAAAUUAUUGACAUUUAU